AUGGCACAGACCAUGGACGAGGCCCUAGGGUCGUUUGCGACGCGGAUCGAAGAGGCAGAGACACUUAAGGUCCUUGGUAACGACCAAUUCGGCAAAGGCGCAUAUGCAGUGGCCAUCAAUCAUUAUAACGACGCACUGCAUCGUUUGCCUCUGCGUGCGUCGAAGGAGUGUCAAGACGAGGACCAAGAUGCGUCGACAACGGAAGCCGAAACGAAAGUGGAUCAUGCUCAAGCUACUGUGAUUCAAUCUCUACGCAUCAAACUGCAGUCCAACUUAGCAGCCUCGUAUCUCAAACUGGAACAUUACGACGAAUGCGUUCGUGCGGCAUCGGAAGUGCUCGCAGAAGAGCCGACAAAUGUGAAGGCUUUACACAGGCGUGCUACGGCACACGAGGCACUGGGCGGCUGGUCUCAUCUGAGCUCGGCCAAGAAAGAUUUGGAGGAGCUUCAGCGGUUAGAGCAACAAGGCCUCGUGCCCGCCUCGUACCGGAGCGAACUACAGGCCUCCUUAUCACGAAUUCAACCUAAACUCGAGCAAGCAGGUGAAAAAGAGAAGGAGGAAAUGCUAGGGAAGCUCAAGAACGUCGGCAACCAAUUCCUCGGUCUAUUUGGACUCUCCACGGACAAUUUCCAGCUGCAACAGCAAGAUGGUGGGGGCUAUUCCAUCAAUUUUAAGCAGUAA